GCCCCCGCUUCCGGCCGCGGUUGGGCCUAGCCGGGAGCGUCCCUCGGAGGCGGCGGCAGCGAUGGACAGCGAAUUCUCGGACGCGGAGGCGGCCCCGGGAGGGGAGGAGAACGCGCCGGUUUAUUGCGUGUGCCGCAAGCCGGACAUCAACUGCUUCAUGAUCGGCUGCGACAACUGCAACGAGUGGUUCCAUGGGGACUGCAUCAACAUCACCGAGCGCAUGGCCAAGGCCAUCCGCGAGUGGUACUGCCGGCAGUGCCGCGAGAAGGACCCAUCCCUGGAGAUCCGGUACCGGCACAAGAAGUGGCGGGAGAAGGAGCACGAGGGGGCCAAGGGGCAGGAGCUGGAGCAGGGCCGGGCUGCCAAGAUCAAGCGCUCGGCCCGCAUGUGUGGCGAGUGCGAGGCGUGCCGGCGCCCCGAGGACUGCGGGCAGUGCGACUUCUGCCGGGACAUGAAGAAAUUCGGGGGCCCCAACAAGAUCCGCCAGAAGUGCCGGCUGCGGCAGUGCCAGCUGCGGGCGCGGGAGUCCUACAAGUACUUCCCCACCUCGCUGGCCCGGGGGCGUGAGGGGGACCUGGAGCUGCUGAAGGCGCAGCUGGGGGGGCCGGGGCCCCCCGAGAGCCUCUCGGAUGAGGAGCUGCCCCUCGACCCCCGGCUCUACCAGGAGCUCUGGGCCGGCGCCUUCGACGAGCACGGCCUGCCCUGGCUCAGUGACGCCGAGGACGCGCCAUUCCUGGACCCCGUCCUGCGCAAACGCGCCGUGAAGGUCAAACACGUCAAACGCCGCGAGAAGAAAUCCGACAAGAAGAAGGAGGAGCGCUACAAGCGGCACCGGCAGCGGGCGCGGCACCGUGAGCCGCGGGCACCCGAGCGCGACGCCCGACGCCGACCCCCGGGGCUGGGCCAGUGCCUGGGCCCCGGCUGCACCCGCCCCGAGCGCCCGCCCUCCAAGUACUGCAGCGAGGCCUGCGGCAUCAAACUGGCUGCCAACCGGAUCUACGAGAUCCUGCCGCAGCGGAUCCAGCAGUGGCAGCAGAGCCCGUGCGUGGCGGAGGAGCACGGCAAGCGGCUGCUGGAGCGCAUCCGGCGCGAGCAGCACCAGGCGCGGCUGCGGCUGCAGGAGAUGGAGCGGCGCUUCCACGAGCUCGAGGGGCUCAUCGCCCGCGCCAAGGGGCACCCGCCCCGUGAGGACGAGGAGAGCACGGAGGGGGACAGCGAGGACACGGACCUGCAGAUCUUCUGCGUGUCCUGUGGCCACCCCAUCAACCCCAAGGUGGCCCUGCGGCACAUGGAGCGCUGCUACGCCAAGUACGAGAGCCAAACGUCCUUCGGGUCCAUGUACCCCACCCGCAUCGAGGGGGCCACCCGGCUGUUCUGUGACGUUUACAACCCCCAGAGCAAAACCUACUGCAAGAGGCUGCAGGUGCUGUGCCCCGAGCACUCCCGGGACCCCAAGGUGCCCGCGGAUGAGGUGUGCGGGUGUCCUCUGGUGCGCGACGUCUUCGAGCUGACCGGGGACUUCUGCCGCGUCCCCAAGCGCAAGUGCCACCGUCACUACUGCUGGGAGAAGCUGCGCCGCGCCGAGGUGGACCUGGAGCGCGUCCGCGUGUGGUACAAGCUGGACGAGCUGUUUGAGCAGGAGCGCAAUGUGCGGGCGGCCAUGACGAACCGGGCGGGGCUGCUGGCGCUGAUGCUGCACCAAACCAUCCAGCACGACCCUCUGACCACGGACCUGCGCUCGGACCGCUGACCACGGGCCUGCCUCGGGCCACUGACCGCCCCUGGAGCCCCCAAACCCCCCAGAGCCCUCCCCACAUCCCCCCGCCCCUGGUUCCUGGGUGCUCCCCGUCUCCAAAUAAACUGGGUGUGCAAAAGGAGUCUGGGGGUG